AUGGGCCCAGGAAGCAGAGGCCAGGCUAUGGAUUUGUAUAGAGGUUGCAGGGUCCAGGUGGUGAAGCCCCUUGCCAAGAAAAUGAUGAGCGUGCAGAAGUUUAUGGAGGCAAUCAGCUAUGUGUAUCUCAGCAACCACCCAUCACCCUAUCUGAAAAAGCCCAUUGUGCCCCAAGUGCGACUCGAGAGGCUACCACACCGCACCAUUGAGAAGUACACAAAGAGGCAACAAAGGCAUAAAAGCAAAUCAUCCAAACCUGCCAUCUCAAGUCUGAACUCUUCCACAAAAAAGCAUCACAAAAAUACAGGAUCAUUAGCUGCCCCUCCAUCACAUCCCAAAAUGUCCCUUAACCUUCCACUGACAGAGAAUCAGAACAUUAGUUUGACCAACAGAAAAGGAUAUACUACAAAACCACAACACGCAAAAGCAGUCGUAAGAUCUGAUUUAGGAGGAGUGAGGAAAGAGCCAAGUAAGAGUUUUGAAGCCGACAAAGCAGGAAAAAGUACACAGGAGGUACCAAGCAACAGGUUCGAUGCUUUUGACAACAACCCUUCCAGUGACAGUGACCUUCCUGACCUCAUGAAUCCCAUGACCUUUGAGGAUAUCAGAACUGUUAAGAAGAAAGAAAAAUUGUAUUAUUCUCCAGUUAAGAAAGAUGUUACAUCCAAAACAGAAAGUAGAAAAAAUCUUGAAGUUUUUGCAGAGAGUGAGGUUGCAGAAACAAGAGAUUUUUCUACCAAUAGCAGUAUGGACAUGGAAUCCAACAUUGUCAUUGUUAGUUGCCAUUCACUGGCUAAUUCCAGUGCAGACCACAUAGAUUUACCAUCCUCGGAAUACACUCCCUCCCUCACAACACCCUCUUCACCUCCUGCUGUUCUUGCGUCAGUGCCUUCAGUGAUGGAGUCAUCAUCAGAUGCAGCUUCAUUCUCUGAAACAACAGGAACACCUGCACUACCAACUACAACCUCCAAGGAGAAAGAAGAGUUCCUUAAGAAAGUUAAAGCUCAUAUGAAAAAAUCCCUUAUGGACAAUGCCAUCAAAGCUCCUGAUCAGACAGCAAAGGCAAUUAGUGAUGGUCCCCAGGCAGGAGAACAUGAUCAAGAGAAGACAUCCAAAGAAAAAACCUUUCAAAGCUUGGUUAGUUCAACUGGAAACCCUCUACAGACUGCAGAAGCAGAAGUACAUCAGCAAGAAAAGGUGCCCAAUGUAAGCAUCUUGAAAAAUGUACGCAGUGCUGCUAAAGUUCCUGUAGAGGCUGCAAAGGCAAGUUGCAAUAUCUCCCAGCCUGAUAUAUGUCAGCAAGAAAAGGCAGCCAGUAUAGUUAGUGAGCCAGCAGAAAUUGCAGAUGAAAUUGAUGAUCAUUUAGUGCUGGCAUAUGACAGUGAAGGAAAUGAAUCGACUGAUUCUGAUAAGACAGUCCUAUUUGAGAGCAGAAGUAUGGAAGAUAAUUUAGAUUUAGAGACAGUUACAAAGGAGAAUGAAUGUGUGGGUGACACUGAGCAAGCAGAAGGAACUAUCAUGAUGAAAACAAAUUCCUCUCAACCUACUGUUGUACAGGCUGAAAAUUCUGAAGAAAGAAGUGGACUACAGCUGACAGAAGAACUGAAUAAAAAUAAUAACCAGAAUAGAGGAAGCUGCAAGAGGAAGACUCAGGACCUUUUGGAAGACAUGCCAGAUAAAAGAAUAAAGAAAGAAGUUGUGCCACUUGAGAUACCCCAAAAGCAGAACUGUCCUAUGGUGAUGAUACCUCUUUGCUCUAGUACUUCAGCUUCAGCUCAUCCAGCUCCAUUGAGUUAUAAUUCUGGUGAUUUUAUUGCCCCUACAACCACUAUUAAUGCUCCUCUUGUAACUGCUGCAUUGCCAAGCAACACAGAGUCAACUGGAGAUACCUCCAUCCUGGUAGAAUCUGGUGAUGAUGAUCUUCUCCAAGCAGUACAGAACAACAGAGUUCUUCCACCCCUUGUCAGGGUUGUACAAGGAAUAACAUCCCCACAGCAGUCAACAUCUCUCACUAUUCCCACUUCUUCUCCAGGCUCUUGUAUUUCAGGAAGCAGUGCUCUCCCUGAUCCUUCAGCUUCUGAGGUUGAAGGAGAAAAAGGAAAUCAGCAGGAGAAUGAAGCAUCAAAAGGGACAUCAGAAGAGUUAGAAAGUAAUGAGAGGAUCAUUUUAAGGGAAGGGGACACAGAUGGAUAUCGUAAUCAGGAAGAGAAGCAACACAGACUUGUACAUCAGGCAGGUGAAACAGAUAUGGAGGCAGAGGAUGUGACACCUCAGUUGAAACAUGUUACUGAGAUAAAGAAAUCCAAAGUAAACGAAAACGUAGCUUCUCGCCAAACAACCCAGAAGAACACAGAUUCAAACAUCAAGGAGGCCAAAUUAAGUACAGGCAUCAAGAAUCUGAUGUUAUAA